AUGCCAUCUCCAGACUAUGCUAGCCUCGAUCGAAUUGAGGGGCAUCAUUACCAUUCCUUGGCUGUAGCCCUCCGCAAUGUUCUUAACACUGAUAUCGCGCUUGUGACCUUCGCCCAGAUUAUCGAUGGUCUGCCGACCGCUGAUGUUGUCUGGGACCGAUAUUCGGCCACAUAUGAACCUUCUCAUCCUAUCGUCAAUCACAAAACGCUCUGCGAAGGAGCAUUAGAGAGGGCCAAAGCUUUCCGUUCAAAAUUCUCCAUGGCUGAUGUAAUGGUUGAUUUGGAGCUAGAGAAAGUCCACGACCCUGCUACAACUGCCGGUCAUGAUAUUGAGUCUACCAUCAAGUGGGAGCGACCUCCCGAUGAUUUGUGUCGCUUUCCACCGAAGCCGACAAUGUUUAUCGCGACUCAGUUCACUGCUCAUGACCGGUACCCAAACGGUGUCGAUGACAUGGUUGGAUAUUGGGCAGAGAAUCGAAUCCUAGGCGGUGUAGCACUCUUUGACCAUUCACAGGCAUGGACAGGUGGCGAUGAGCCCAACGUGUACUUUCAGUGUACUCGCGCAAGAGUCACAUUCCGUGUGUGUCAACUCCUCGAUACUCAACAGUCGGCCCUUAUAUCCUUCCUUCUUGCAGACCCUGAGGAUUCCUAUACCAAGUGCCCACUCCCUAUCUUACCAACCUCCGAUAACAGGGUCCGGAUAGACCCAGGAGAUGCUAUUACAGUUAAGAAAGUCUACAGAGACAUUUGGGAAAGGAAGCUUCCCCCAAGACGGUGGAGGGCGCCGCGACUGGAACGCCCCAAGUCAUCUUUAGACUAUCCAGAGUUGGAUACUGAUGCAGAGGUUGAGCGUCUAAACAGAAUGUAA